CCACCAGAAGAAGAAGAAGACGACCGAGGAAGAAGUAGCGCGUCACUAGCCUAGCUUCCAGUUUGCAUCAAAGAUGGAGGACCUACCCGCCAAACAGGAGAACCUGGACGACCCGCCCAACAGCCGGCUGUUCGCCGUCACCAGCCGCUCCCUCACGGAGGAGCAGCUGCGGGAAAGCUUCGCUGUUUUCGGGGACGUUCAGGGUGUCUGGGUGGUGAAAGAUAAACAGACAAAGGAGUCCAAAGGGAUUUCUUACGUUAAAUUCAGCAAGUCGUCACAGGCCUGCACCGCCAUGGAGGAGAUGCACGGGAAGGUCCUGGUGGAGGGAACAAAACCUAUUAAGGUGUUUAUCGCUCAGAGUCGCUCCUCAAACAGACACCGAGACGUGGAGGAUGAAGAGCUGACCAGGAUCUUCGUCAUGAUCCCCAAAACCUUCUCAGAGGAGGACCUGAAAGACACCUUCAAGGAGUACGGAGAUAUUGAGUACUGUGUGAUCAUCAAGAACAAGUUCACCGGGGAGAGUAAAGGCCUCGGAUACGUCAGAUACUACAAACCCUCCCAGGCUGCCUUCGCUAUAGAAAACUGCGACAAAAGCUACAGGGCGAUCCUGGCUGAGCCUCGCUCUAAAGCCAACGUGACGGAGGAAUAUUCUGGAGGGGCGCCCAGAGGAGAUUACUCCGGAGGAGGAGGAGGGGGGGGAGGAGGAGG